CCAAAUUUUACAACUAAGGAAACAACAAUCAAAAUUCAAGUUCCAGGUGGUGGUGAAGGCAAAGCUAAAAUAGAAAGCUUAGAAACUGAACCAGAAACACGUGUAUUUCAAAACUCUGAUGAAUUCUCUUGUAUAUAUUAUGGUUCUCUAUUAACCAUCUCCAAUAUAGGAAAUACACCCUUGAUCGUUACCUCUAAUUGUAAUUAA